CAGUGGUUAAUAUUGAGAGUUUAAUCAAAUGCACAUGAGAGUGAAACGGUCCAUACUAGAGCGACGCUCGUGAUCGUCAGACAUGGAAUCUGUGUUCUCAUCUUCUCACGCGGCUGAUCAGACGGGUCAUUUAGUGUCUCAUCGCUCGCUGCAGUCCGAGUCGAGCGACUCUUCUCCCUUCGUGGAAUAUAAGCCUCCGGCACGAGAUGCCAUCUCUGUGCCGCCGCACGUGCUGUAUGUGACGGUCGGACUGCUGCUGGUCGUUGUGGCCAUGUAUGCCAUCGUGGGUCACCUGAUAAACGACCUCCUACAUGACCUGGCAGGUACCGUGAGCCCUGACCUGGUGACCCGUCUUUGGUGGAAUUUUGUUCUUCCUGUGACCCCAGUGUUGUGAUGACUUCCUCUUUAUUGUGAUUUGAUAAUAAACAUGUUGUUUGUGACCCUGUCGAGGCACAGAAAUGUAUUACCUAUUGCCGAAUUGAAUUACAGAAAUAAUGAUGGCUUAGUAAGACGGGGUUUCAAAUGUAUUCAUUUACUUCAUAGAGAUGAAUAAAAGUGACACGGAUGUAUGUG